CAAUAAAAAUCAUUUUUUUCGGUGCCGGCACCAAAAAACAAUAAAUUGCAGUAAUUUUUAAAGUGAACUAUCAAAUAUGUUAACUGUAGAAUGUAAAAUUAGACCAUAAUAAAAAAUGCUUUUGUGUAGCGUAAAAAUGUUCGCAAUUUAUGGUAGAUGUACUAAAAAAUAAAACGGGAAUGUACAUUAAUUGCUACAUUAGACAGUUGUCUUUUAAGAAUGAUUUAAUUAGUGAUCGAUUUUGUUUUUAAACAAUGAAUUUAAUGCGCAAAUUGCGUGGGGCGUCCGCCUCAUCAUCGGCGGAGGCUGCGGAAUCGUCCAGCUCAUCUCACGUCCAGCUUGGGUUAAUGCAUCUUAAGAAGCUGUUUGCGGAAUAUACCCAUCCACCACAGCCAUUGACAGAACCAGAAAAGGAUGAUAAAUUGUAUAAUAUGCUACCACUUUUCUGUAAGGUUUUUGGUACAAGUCCAUCUAGUGAUAUGAAUGAAAAAUUUUGGGACAUCCUAUCUUUUUGUCAACAAGUGUCAAAGCUUAUGGUGGCUGAAAUAAGAAAAAGAGCCAGCAAUCAAAGCACAGAGGCAGCUAGUUGUGCUAUUGCAAAAUUCUUGGAAAUAGAGAAUUCUGAGGAGUCAAGCAAUGGAUGGAUGUUAUUAUCCACUUUGAAUCUCUUAGCAGCUGGUGACCAAUCUUUAAUACAGGUCAUGACUACUGCAGCUAUACCUUCAACUUUAGUAAAAUGUCUGUAUCUAUUUUUUGAUCUACCGGAAAUACCUGAAUCUGAAGCAGAUGUCCAGGAUGGAAAUAGUGAAUUUACACCAAGGGAAAGAAGGAUUCUUUUACAGAAGAUUUUUGUUCAAGUUCUAGUCAGACUAUGCAGUCACCCCUUUCCUUGUGAAGAAUUGGCGAGGAAGGAUGACCUAAGUUUACUAUUCUCUGCCAUCACAUCUUGGUGCGCCCCACAUAAUAUGAUGUGGAGGAAGUCAGCAGCUGAAGUUUUGAUGACGUUAUCCCGACAUGGCUUGACCCAAUCUGUUGUCCAAUAUAUUCACAAUAAGGGAUGUGUGGGACUCUGCAUUGAAAAUAUGCAAAAGAUUCCAGAGUUAACACCACUAGAGGUUGUGGAAAUGUUUGUGGCAGUAUUUUGCUUCUUGAAAGAUUCCAGUGAAGUUAGUCAAUUAUUGUUGGAUGACUUUCGCACAUGCCAAGGAUACCUAUUUCUGUCUGAAUUUUUACUCAAACAUGAGAAACAAGAUGUGCCCGAUUAUUUGACAUCAGGGCUAGAGGAAGAUCGAGUAAGUGGCACUGAAGCUCGUGCAGCCUUAAGGAACUUGGUGCUUAUGAUAUCUUCGCUAUGUGCUUGCGGUUUUUCGGAGUUACGGCCUACUAGAGCGAAUACGGAACUCUUUCAACUGCAGGGAUUCGUUCUCCCGCAACCGUCUACGCCCGGACAAGCUGUCAGAAAUGUACAAGCAUUUCAGGUGUUACAGUCAGUAUUCAUGAAGUCAACAUCGCCAGCCCUCUGUUGCACCAUACUCGACGCUAUAUCCAGUGUGUACCACGCGGACAAUGCAAACUAUUUCAUACUCGAAAAUCAAAACACACUCAGUCAAUUCUCGGAGAGGAUUCACAUGAAAAACUCUGAAAUACAAGAGAAGUUCUUUGAAUUGCUAGAGUUUAUCGUUUUUCAACUUAACUUUGUGCCUUGCAAGGAAUUGAUAUCGCUCUCUUUAUUAUUGAAAGCGAACAAGUCUAAGAGCUGCAGUAUUUUAUGUAUGAAGACACUGUUGAAUAUAUUGAAUAGUGGCAAGCUGGAUGGUAAUAGUUCUUCAUCUCAAGAUGGCGCAGGACACAACGCGAUUUUCAAAGAUGUCUUUCGAGAAGUUGGUAUGCUUGAGGUAUUCGUUACUUGCUUGUCCCGUUACGCGGUAUUUCUGAAAGAUAAACAGCUUGAAGAGGAAAGUAGCAUAAAGGAAGGUGACAAAACUGAUAAUGAUGCCCCAAAACCUCCAGAAAGAAAAAAGCGACAAUCAAGACAGAAUUCACUGAUAAAAGACCCUAAUUCAGAUGUUGAAGAAGAAGAGUUGGGCGGUUUAGUAAUGGAGAGCUUGACAGCAUUGUUGAAUGGGAACGUGAAUAAUUGCAAUGUGUUUAGGGACUGUGGGGGGGCAAAGUGCGUGCAUGGGAUGGUUGUACAUGAGUCGUGCAGGAAUAAAGCCCUGGGUGUUGUACGAGAGUUGAUAGUGAGUGGGUCAGGCGAGGAGGAUAUGUCCGCGCUUCUAUGUGGAAUGCACGCAGCACCGAACGAUGCUCUGAAACUAAAACUGCACAUUUUGAAAGCUCUGCUUGUUUGCCUUCGGGACUCGCAUCGGACGAGAACAAUAUUUAGAAAGGUUAGCGGAUUCGUAUACGUCACAAGCGUACUUGUAUCCCUUGAAGGAAAGCUGCAAGGCGAUGAACCGAUGGACCGCGAUAUGUUGCAGCUGAUACAUAUUGUUUUCUACACAAUAAGUACUGCUAUGAGAUUUGAACCGGCCAAUGCUAAAUUUUUUCAUCACGAGAUCUGUAUGACAACGCUAUAUGAAACAAUACGAUUACUGGGCUGUUUCACCAAAGACAUUGAGUUGCAAAACGACACGGAACCUGGUAAUCCGGAACUUUAUGAGGUUUUUCACGAAAUUUUUACCGGAAAUAUAUUGGAAACUACAUUUCCCGAAAGAGUGCCCGCUGUGUUCGUACACGCAUGUAUCGUAUUAAGGCUAUUGUAUGACGUGGCGUUGGAUUCGUUCGAUAAGCCAACGUUUUGCGGGUCGCUUGAUGUAAAAUCACCUAGUUUAACACGACAAAGUUCAGCGAUUAACGAGGUAAAACCCGCGGGCCGCGCAACUCCUCUCAAUCUCUCAACGGGAAAUAACAGUGGCGAAGCGUGGGUCGUACAUUCUGGUGUUGUCAUAGUGCUAGCGAAAUUACUGCCCGCAUUACCACGGCCUCCCGAACACGAGGACUAUGCUCGCGCCAUUCGGGACUACCUUGCACAUGUGCUCAAAAGUCUCGUUAGAAGUGAACGCAACCAGCAAGUGAUGUGCGGUGCGGGUUUGGCAGGCGUGGUAUUGCGUGUAUGCGGCGCGGCGUUGCGCGCUGAAAAACAUCCGUUGCACGCACCCGCAAUGUACGUUCUAGAACGUUUGGCCGCGCAUGCGCUUCGACCUACGGAACUCAGGGAAUUCUUAAGAAUGGGAAAUCCUUUGAACUGCUUAGCUCCGGAGCCUGGACAAGUCUGGCAGCCUGGUGGGCCAGUUCCUCUCACACGAAUAAAAACAUUAGUCUCCAUGACAACGCCAAGAGAUUACAGGUCUCAAAACUCGUGUACACAACCACCGUUCGUAGAGUUUGAUAUGUCAGCAGAAGGGUUUGGUUGCCUCUAUUUACCAAGCAUAGCACCUCAGUCUGCAAAUCUAAAUGCUCUCGGUACUCAAGAUACCACUACGCUCGGUGGAAUUGGCUCAGGAGAUAGAGUUUUCCCACCCCAAACGGGCUUAACGUAUUCAACUUGGAUUUGCGUGGAAAAGUAUUCGGAUCCUAGGACCGACCCACAUUGCGUUCGGUUGUUGACUUUAGUAAGGAACAUUAACAACAGUCGAGACGAACACCUUGUAUGCCUCACUGUGGUCCUGUCUGCGAGGGACAAGGCCAUUAUUGUAUCAACACAGGAAACUUUGGUCCCACAUAAUGUUGGCGAAUGGGAACCAGACGGUGGCGGCGAAUGUGGAGCGCGGGUUUGGUGUCCUGACUUGCAGCACGAAGGGCAAUGGCACCACCUUGCUUUGCUCUUCAACCGUGCGGUGCUCAAGAACUCUUCGUUCUCACUAUACCUCGACGGUCAGCACAUGCAUUCGGGAAAAUUACAUUACGUAAGCGCGAACCCCGGUGGCGGUGCUGCGACUUUAUCAGGCGCGUCUAGCGUUUACUGCGUUAUUGGGACUCCUCCGCAAUGGCGUCGAUAUUCGCGUCUUGUUUGGCGACAAGGCCCUGCGCUUCUUCUAGAGGACGUCCUAUCCGCUCAAACAAUCUCAAUAAUGUACCAGCUCGGACCUCAUUAUGUUGGCACAUUACAAGCUCCAUUGCCUCCGGGCCAGAGCCAAGAGCGUCUACCACCGUUAAUCGCAGAAGAAAAAGUUGUGUUCGGAAUAAACGCACGCGCUUUGUCGCAACUCACACUUGCUAAAAUACGAAAAGUGUAUAGUAAAAACGACAACAAAGCGAUAGCGAAGCAACUGGGUAUGUCCUCCCAUGAGAACGCGACUCCCAUAAGAAUAUUGCACAAUUCAGCUGGCCAUUUGAUGGGUCCGGCGAGAUGUUUAGGGGGCACGGUCGUUGGUUAUUUAGGAGUUAGAGUGUUCUGCCCUAAGCCAGCAGCCAUUAUGAUUGAUACAGUAGGAGGCUGUUCAGUUUUGCUGGGUCUGAUAGCAAUGGCCCAAGAUGUAGAAUGUUUAUAUGCAGGCGUUAAAGCUCUUGUAUGUGUAGUGCGGUCGAACAAAGCGGCACAAGCUGAGAUGGACCGCCGGAAAGGAUACCAAACACUGGCUAUGUUAUUGAAGCGAAAAAAACAAUUGCUCAAUUCCCACAUAUUGCAUUUAAUAUUUGGUCUAGUUGGAACUGUUGAUAGUCAAAAGGAGACCUCGUCUAUACCAAAUCUUACGGCAUUCCAGGACCUAAUCUGCGAAUUAGAAGUAUGGAUAGGCGCACCAGGUGGACUGAUAAAAUCUCUUUUAGAACAUUUACUGGAAUUAGCGACAGAAACCGCUCACAGAACGCACAAUCUACGCACAAUGAGGGAGUUGCAAUUAGUGCCAAAACUCCUUUAUAUAGUCAAUGAUGUAAAAGUUCCAAGCACAAAGAUCGUUCUUAUACGUCUUCUAUCCACGUUACUAGGGGGCCCUCCAAGACCAAGUGACUUACUAUGCUUAGGCCAGUUUUUGGCAUUUACACUGCCUUUACCUUCGCAAUCCGAAAAAGGAAUGGUUGUACUCGAAGAGUUUGAAAACGAAUGCGAAGGCGAGCAUAUUAUAUUGCGGAAUAAAUGCCUGUCAAUUUUAUAUUACCUUUUAUUUGCCACUACUAAUUUGGAAAACACUCAUGUUUCUGAGGAAGUAUCGAGGGUGCUAGGGCUGGAUUGGCUGCUCAGUUUCAUGCAGGAAAAUGUUCAUCACACCACAGUAUUGUUGGCUUGGAAAAUUUUAGUGAUACUAUGUUCCGGACAAGGACAGCAGUCACCAAUAAUGCAGAGAUUUCGAGAGGGUGUGGGCAACGGCGGUUGGUUGCGACACACUGAGCUGGUAGCGUCGCAACAAGCAGGCGUAGUUCUUACGGCGGCUGUACAUUCGCACUCGCACCUCCAUACACAACUUCUAUACACCUCUGGGUUUACUUUGCUAGCAUGGCUGUCACUCUCUCACCUCCAAAUACCAGAACUAUAUUACUUACUUUUUGGACUAGCGCUCGGGCAACCGAUGCGUUACGUUGCUUGUGACAAGGUUAUCUCAGUGGAUCGAGUAUGGGCCGCUGCUUGGGGUGGUACAGCUCCUUCCAGACAAUCAUCCGCCGCAAUGGCAGCGAAAAUUACUUUAUGCCCCGAAGCCGUCGUAAUCUUACUCGCUUGUGUGCGGGCUUUAAUACACGCGGAUACCGGGGCUCUCCCGGAAUGGCUGAAUGAACAUCCGGUCGCUAUUGUACAGGUAUUAUUUUCCUUCUACAAUACGCUGUCUGAUUUCGUGACGUUAAUGAUGAGUGCUGAAGUUUUGACAGCAUUGGCAUCGACGCUGUUUCCUCCGAAAACAUCAAACGAUAUUCACAUGCCGAUAUGUGAAAGCGGUGACAGUUCUGGAGCAUCCACACCGGGGUCCGAAAAGGAAGUAGUUAUAAUCGGUAGUUCUGGCUCGCUCACACAGCACCCGGCCCGUCAAGCAGUAAUGGAUUUCCUUCGGGUUAUCGUUCUUGAUUCCCUUCCACUAAAUGUCACUGCAAAAGCAUCACCAAGCGCCGUCCCCACUGACUCAGUGCCACCGUCAAUGUUUUGUUCUCCCUGCGCUACAAGAUCAUACUUUUAUUGCGUAAUAGAUCUAGUCCUCGACGCAUCCCCAGCAAAUUCAAAUAGUCAACAACAGAUAGAAUAUCAAACAGAAGUUCUAACAAGUAUAAUGGAAAAUUUGUUAAAUACUGAACUAUUUGGUUCGGAGUCAAAUAUCUCCAACGUUUGUUACUUGGCAGCUCGUCUUGUGGAUAAAUUGUGGCAGGGACAACUAUCGAGGGAUCCGCACGAGGUAUUUGACUUUUUAGUCAAACUAUUAACACAAGCCAAGAAAAAAUCAUCGGUGAUAUCUCUGGAGGGCUUGCACCACUGUCUCAACCGAACGAUAUUGUUUUUGCUUUCCCGAUCUACUGAUUCUAUCGCAGACCAAAUGUCCGUUCUGGAAGCGUUGCACAAGCUCACUACUAACAGGUUAUUAAUAUUCGGCGCAGGCAAUCAUGAAUUGGAAUUUGUUGGAUGUCUGACGUAUUGCUUGCUGCAAUUGAGCGCGAAUAUGAAGAUUGCCCUUGAUUCGCACAUGCGCACUACAUGGCAUGUCAAUCCGAGUGGAGAUCUCGAAUCGAGAGACGAUAAACUAACAGCGCAUCAAGGUCGGAAUUUAAUGGCCGGUGCUGCAAGACGUGUAUGGGAAGAGUUAUAUGCCUGCAAGAAACCCGCUAUUGAAGAGGUUUUUAAGAUGACUCUAAUACCGACCACUGCCAACGCGAGAGCGCCUGAUUUAACAGCUGUACGCGAGCAGCUCAAUGAAAGCGCCCAUAAGUUGUGGAUCAACUACAUUGAUAUAGAGAGAAAGGCGGUAUAUCGAGUACCAUGGGAGCUUCACAAUCAAAUUCAAUCGAAGAUACAGAAAGUGACGGGUGGUCUGACUCGACUUGCCUCCCGGACUAAAGUGAAGAAGGAGGACGCCGCAAAACAGCGGCCCCAUCCGCCGCGGGAACACGCACUUGCGUACAUGCAAGAUCACGUACAGCUAGUUAGACAAGCGUGGGGAGUGCAACUGGCAGCGGCAAGUAACACAAGCGCACAUACCACGCGUUACGUCCAAGCCGAGUGGAGCGGUGCAUGGCGGGAACUGACCCGCGAAAGGGGCCUUUGGGGCCCUACCCGGCCAUCGCCCCUUGACAAGUGGGCCCUACACUGUACUGAGGGACCCUGCCGUAUGCGCAAGCAACUGCGACGCAAUUAUGCGUUCUAUACGCAUUACCCAUACCGACCGGAACUUGAACGCGCCGAUAAUAAACAAUUAAAAUACAAAGUGGCACAGAGUUGUGACAGCAAAGAGUACUACAGAGUAUACCAGCAAUGGCGCAAUUCGAUCAAUUUAGGAGAAGCCGAUAGUAUUGAGACGUCGGAAAUAGCUAGUUACGAGGAAGAAAUACCUAGCAAUAAAGAUUUAUCAAUCGAUGUCAGCAAUGAAUCUGGUUCGCCUUCAGACCUCGUUAGCAGCGGAGUCGUAAGCCGAGGUACAAAUCUGUCCGCCGAAGCUAACGAAGAUGGUCCAGAUGUCGAGGAUGACGAUGAACAGCAAUCACCCCCACCUGAUAAUCAAACUCUUCUUCGGUUACUUGAGCACCACGAAAAGAUCUCUCACAUGUUCCGUUGCGCCCGAAUCCAAGGCCUCGAUACAACUGAAGGUCUCUUAUUAUUCGGGCGUGAACAUUGUUACGUUAUAGAUGGGUUCACACUGCUCAAGAACAGAGAAAUUCGCGAUUUGGACAGCUGUCCUGACGACUAUGAACCUAUAUUACCCAGUCAAGGAAUACAAAAGAGCAACCAAAGACAAUGCUCCAAAUUUUUGUACGAGGACAUCAGGGAAGUUCAUAAAAGGAGAUAUUUAUUGCAACCCAUAGCUUUGGAGGUGUUUUCCAGCGAUGGUCGAAAUUAUUUGUUGGCAUUCCCUAGAAAAGUGCGAAAUAAGGUAUACUGUAGAUUUACAGCGCUCGCAACGGGCAUGGCAGAUAGCGCAGCGGGUUCCGUGGCGGGGCAGAAGCGUGGCGUUGCUGUGGAGCAACCAGCUGGACUGUUGGCAACACUGAUUGGAGACACAUCCGUAACGCAACGGUGGCUGAGAGGUGAAAUAUCAAAUUUCCAAUACUUGAUGCAUCUUAACACACUGGCUGGUCGCUCGUACAAUGAUCUCAUGCAAUACCCAGUUUUUCCCUGGAUUCUCGCGGAUUAUGACUCUUUAGAAUUGGAUCUGACACAUCCAUCAACGUUUCGGGAUUUAGCGAAACCCAUGGGAGCGCAAAGUCCGGAUAGGUUAGAGCAGUUUAGGAAACGAUAUAAGGAAUGGGAUGAUCCACACGGUGAAACUCCCCCAUAUCAUUACGGCACUCACUAUUCAUCUGCAAUGAUCGUUUGCUCUUAUCUCGUCCGGAUGGAACCAUUUACGCAACACUUCCUAAGACUGCAGGGAGGACAUUUUGAUUUAGCAGAUAGAAUGUUUCACUCUAUCAAAGAGGCGUGGAAUUCGGCGUCACGACACAAUAUGGCCGACGUCAAGGAAUUGAUACCAGAGUUCUUUUACUUACCUGAGUUGUUGGAGAAUUCUAACAAUUUCGAUUUGGGUUGCAAGCAAUCGGGAGUAGCUUUGGGCGAUGUCGUGCUUCCACCUUGGGCAAAAGGUGAUCCCCGUGAGUUCAUUCGAUUGCAUCGCGCUGCGUUAGAAUCUGACUUUGUAUCGCACAGAUUGCACCACUGGAUUGACCUUGUAUUUGGGUACAAGCAGCAAGGUCAAGCGGCUGUGGAAGCCUGCAAUGUCUUCCACCACCUCUUUUACGAAGGGAACGUCGAUAUAUACAACAUUGACGACCCCUUAAAGAAGAACGCGACCAUAGGCUUCAUUAACAACUUCGGCCAAAUACCCAAACAAUUAUUCAAGAAAGCUCAUCCUAGUAAGAAAAUGUCGCAACGAAGUUCGACAAUUUUGGAUCCCAACAAUAUAAUACCAUCACAAGGAAUAACACCUCCAGAAAAGUUGUUCUUCCACAACUUGGAAAAUUUGAGGCCUUCAUUGCAACCAGUUAAAGAAGUCAAAGGUCCAGUCGGUCAAAUUCUGUACACCGACAAAGCAAUACUAGCCGUAGAGCAAAACAAAGUGUUGAUGCCCCCAACAUACAACAAGUAUGUGGCGUGGGGCUUUGCCGACCACUCGUUACGGAUUGGCAAUUACGAUAACGAUAAAGCUAUAUUCGUCUGCGAGACAGUCGCGCAGGCUUGUGGUGAGAUAGUCGCAUGCGUUUGUCUUUCAGAUAAGACUAUAGUUACGGCUGGGACGAGUUCGGUGGUGACAGUAUGGCAAUACUGGGCACGGCGACGUCGAUUGGUUGUGAAGACUUGCUUGUACGGCCAUGAGGAAGCAGUAACAUGUUUAGCUGCUAGUGCCGCUUAUAACCUUGUUGUUAGCGGCAGCCGAGAUGGGCAGCUUAUUGUGUGGGACGUGGAGCGUGGAACUUUUGUACGGCAGCUAAUUCCGCCUGCGAUACGCUCUCCGCCCCCCGUUUCUGCGUUAGCCAUCGACGAACUUACUGGCGACAUAGCGACGUGCAGCGGCAGUUGGCUUCACGUUUGGUCUAUCAACGGCACGCUCCUGGGCGCCGUGGACACUGGUGGCGAGCGAGCCCCUCAAGUCUUGUGUGUAGCCUUCAGUCAAACGCGCGAGUGGGAUCCGCUGAAUGUCGUCAUCACCGGCUCUACCGAUGGUGUUGUUAGGAUGUGGUCUAUAGAUUACAUAGCAAAAACUGUAGAAGACGAAGAAAAAAGUGUUGAUGUGGAUAGUAUAGAACAAGCUUCAAGUUCUAUUGAUACGGAAAAACUAAAUUACGUGCAAAAACUCUCCAUACAAGACAGCGAGGAGGCAAGGUCUGAGAGUGAGGUAAAAUCUGAGAGUGAUAUAAAGACUGAAAAUAUUGAGCCAUGUGAAAGGGAGGCAGCUAUUAAAAGAGUGGAGGAGUUAGUUAAGCAAAUGAGUUUAUCACAGGAAAAUGGAGGCAAUCUCACAAAAUCGGCAUCAGAAAGUUCUCUCUCGGACAUUGGAGAAACAACAAGCGCUAAAGAAUCAGCGCGUCGACACGACGAAAAAGAUACUUGCAGUGACAAUGAAGAGCCGCAUUACGAACGCAAGGAGGAGGUCGACUCCUGCGAGGAAUCCAAAGAGGAAUACGACAAUGAAAAAGACUUGGAAGGGGAGAAAGAGAUCAUGGCGCAAAGAAGCAAACUGCAGAAGCAAGGAAACGUUGUGCUGCGACGCAAGUCGAAAGGCAAUACUUUAUAUCGUAAAAGUGGUGGCAGCAUAGGCGAUUCCAGCGAAACGAGUUCAGUGGAAGCUGUUCAAUCCAUGGAGGUGCCAGAGAGCAAUCUGCGACCGAGCAAAUCUGAUACAAGCCUUACUGAUUCCUUCGUAGUACUUUCUGCACCGUCUUCUCCGGCACCUCAACAUCGAGCACCCGUAAAAGACACAUCAUAUCCGGAUACAGGAAUAACUUGGGUGCGCCGCCUAGUCCUACGCGGAAAAUUAACUAUGCAUACAGCGUAUGAGAGGCGGGACAACGCCUGUCCUGCGUCGGUCACCGCAGUAGCCGCUGCCAAAAGCGGCAGGGGGCUAGCCGUGGGUGAUGCAAGAGGACGGAUUUUCCGCUGGUCCGCCCCGGACAUGACGAGCGCUGCCGGGGCGAAGGGUGGACCGGCUGACCAUUGGAUACGGGAUGAUACGGCACCAUUUUGCACGCAGUGCCAAGUACGAUUCACGGCGCUCGAGCGUCGCCACCAUUGCCGCGAGUGCGGUGCCGUGUUCUGCGGCCGCUGUUCUCGCUACGAGGCGCCCGUGCGGCGCCUGCGUGCUCUGCGACCCGUGCGCGUGUGCCAACGCUGCCACGACCACAUUCACGCAGGCAACGACUAAGUUAUAGACACCCUAACUAAGCGACUAAGUUAGAUGUGACGAGCGUUCUGGACAGCGUGGAGAAAUGGCAAUAAAUAACAACAAGUUGGAUCAUCAUCAUCAUACUAUCCGAUGGACGCUGGAUAUCGUCUCCCCAAUUCUACAAUUUUGUACCGCUUGCGUUCUGCGUCUCCUGUGAUGUCAUACCUAUUUGGGCUUUGAUGCCAUUAGUCUACCCACUUUGGGUACUGGGAGUACCCAAAGUGGGUAGACUAAUACUACUACUACUACGCUAACGCUAAGUAUCCUAUCCUAUCCACCUUGGUACCCCAGCGUGUUCGGUUCUUUAAACUGCACCCCGAUGCUACUUCAGCUUGUUACUUUGUUAUAGUUUAACAAAGUAAUUUACCGGUAAUUUAUUUGCGGAUCUCCUCAUUUGAUCACUUAGGCAUACUACUAGCAAAGCUCUCCCCAUCGCCUUGGCACCACUUUACAUUAAGACAUUUAUUUUUUACAUUCGAGGUUGAGAUUUGUGGUUUAGGGCCAGUAAGAGAUCGUGCACUGUCUAGAAAAUUGGUAACGCACGUCUAUGAAACGUUUUCUGGGGUGGUUAUUUAAUCUGCUUUAUUUGUAGCGGGAAAAGUGAUUGCUUGACGGAUGAUUAAAACUUACC